GGGCUGGGACGGGGAUGGCACGGCCAGGGGGGAAUUUUCCCGCUGUUUUCUUCCUCCUGCUGGUUGCUGUUCCCGAUUCCCGGGGGUUGGAAUGCAGGGAACACCAAUAUCCGUACCGGGAUAAAUGCUGCAGCGACUGUGCCCCGGGGGAGAGGAUGAGGAACCGCUGCACGGCCACGGCGGACACGGAGUGUAUCCCCUGCCAGGAUGAAUAUUUCAGCAGUGAGCACCACCACAGCUUCUGCAACAGCUGCACAGUCUGCAACACCAAGAGAGGGAGCGUGGAGGUGAAGAAGUGUGAGAAGACCUCGGACAGGGUGUGCGUGUGCCGGGCAGGGUUCAUGCCAGCUGGGCUGCCCCUGGGAAGUGUGUGUUCACCGUGUCCUGAGGGGACUUUCUCCCCAGGGAGGAACGAGAACUGUCAGCCUUGGACCAACUGCAGCAGCCUUGGGAAGAGCAUCCUGAGAGCAGGGACAGAGGCCCAGGAUGCUGUUUGCAGCAGCCCUGUCCCCCUGCCAGAGGUCCCUGGGACUCCAACCCCUGCCUGGAGCGUCCUGAGCACUUCCCCCAGGGAAAACAGGGAUAACAGCAGCUCCACUGUAACCCCUCAGAAAUGA